AUGUCUACGACCACAACCACCGCCCAACAUAGCCCAAUUACAGGCAUAGACCUCACUACCCUCACCCCCAGCCAUGACCCGGAAUCCCGCUCUUUUUCCUCCUCGGAAAUCAACGACCCUUACAACCUUGGCACGCACAUCAAAUCCGACGCCGACAUAGUCCAACUCACAUCAUCCGUCAACACGGACAAGAAGCCUCGAAAGAGUAACAACGCCACCACCACCCGCAGACGCAUCAUCCACCACAACUUCACCCGCGGCGGCGCCAGGGACGCAAAACUCCAAGAAUUCUACCGCGCCCAAAACACAAAGAUUCGCGCCCUCCUCAAGAGCGUCGACGACCACGAGCGCGAGGCUAAAGAAACCCAAGGCGACAACAACCUGAAAUACCAAAUCGCCGUAAAGGGCAGCCUCGCCGCCAACGUCGUCCUCUCGGCCCUGCAGCUCUACGCCGCAAUCACCUCGGGCUCCCUCUCCCUCUUCACCACCAUGGCCGACUCCGUCUUUGACCCCGUCUCGGGCAUCCUCCUGCUCCUCUCCCACCGCGCCGUCAAGAAAGUCGACACGCAAAAGUACCCCUCUGGCAAGUCCCGCAUCGCCACCGCCGGCAACAUUGUCUUCUCCUUCGUCAUGGCCUCCGUCUCGCUGGUCCUCAUCGUCAUGUCGGCCCGGGACCUGGCCGCCGGCUCCGACGAGGAGACGAACGCGUUCCACUUUGCCUCGGUCAUUGCCGUUGCCAUUGCCUUUGGGACCAAAUUCUGCCUGUGGCUGUACUGCUGGUCCAUCAAGGACAUUUACUCCCAGGUCGAGAUCCUCUGGCGCGACCACCGCAACGAUCUCUUCAUCAACGGGUUUGGCAUCUUGACCUUUUCCGCGGGGAGCAAGAUCAAGUGGUGGAUCGAUCCCAUGGGCGCCAUCCUCUUGUCGUUUCUGAUUGCUGGGUUGUGGUUGCGGACCGCGUAUGAGGAGUUCCAGCUGUUGAUUGGCGUGUCCGCUGAGCCAGAGUUCUUGCAGCUCAUCACUUACAUCGCCAUGACCCAUUCUCCCGAGGUCAAGCAGAUUGACACCGUUCGCGCUUACCACAGCGGACCCCGCUACAUUGUCGAGAUUGACAUCGUCAUGGACCGCCAUGAGAGACUGGAGAUUGCGCACGAUGUGGCCGAGGCUCUUCAGAUCAAGAUUGAGAAGCUGCCCGGCGUCGAAAGAGCUUUUGUUCACGUUGACUAUGAGACUAGCCAUAAGCCUGAACACGACUUGAAGAAGGACCUCUGA